CAGCCGGCUUGACUGGUGAGUUCAAAGUAAGGUUUUAUCUUGUGUUAAAAUCCCAUAUGGCAUGCCUAGCUACAAACCCUAACCGUCCACAUAUACCAUUCUCUCUUUCACUUUCAUUUCACCAUGCCAUUUGUAGACAAACAGGGAGAGCUUAGAUUGGUUUCUAUGAUGACUUUUUCAAAUUACAAUGAUUAAAUUAAAACCCUAGAUUUUCUACCAAUGUAGGAAAAAUAAGUCAAGCCAUUAUCUCAUGAGGUAGUAGAAGCGCCAGCAGCAGGAGAUUUUGUUACAUGUGACUCUCACCAUUCACAUCCACCGCCACCGCCACCCACCAAACACCACUAGCUCCCCCGUGUAUCUUCCCUUUUCUAACCCGGAAAAAAAAAACCCAUUUCUCCAUCCAUAAAAACAUGAUCUGGGCCGGUCUUAUUUUUUAGAGAAAUUCACUCUUCCGCAUUUAUUUUGUUACAAAAAGAAACAAGCACCGAUGAGGUCUGAUGAGCUAGGUUAUGAUCCAAGCCCAACUCCAAAACUCUCCUUGUUUUCACUUCCAGGCAGGCUACAUGAGUCACCGGCAAGGAUGCUAACAUCACCAAUCCAUCCAUUAGCUUCAGUACCCUUCAACUGGGAGGAUGCGCCGGGCAAGCCUAGACCUCCUUGCAUGCCACAAUCCGAUAAGCCCAAGAUUGAUAGGUGCUUGGAGUUGCCACCAAGGCUGUUAACUAAGGCCCAAGAGAGCAACAUGCCCUCUCCAGCAACAGUCUUGGAUGGACCUUACGUGCCUCGGUCCUUGUCUCUUGGAAAAGGAAGUUCGUUCAGUAGCUCAGAGAAUUUGGGCACGAAGGUGAAGACCAAAGGCAAGGCUAUAUUUGGGUCUAGCAGGUGGGGAGGUUUCAAUAAGAAUAAUAAACAAGCUGUUGAUCCAAGCCAUGGAGGUGAAACAAAAGUUAAGAUCACAAGAAUUACAAGGAGACCGAGCUUCUUAGGGUGUUCUUACAAUUCGUGGACAAAAAUAUGUGAAAACCUUGAGCACGUGGUCUCUCGGAGACGAAGGUAAGCAUGAAUUAAAGAAUGAGGUAGCUGUGGCACCAAAAUUUAAUUUCUUCUCGAUGAAUAUUUAAUUAAUUGUGCUACAAAUAUAUAUAUUCCAUGUGGUGCUAUAAUUCUUAUAAUUAAUUUCUUCAUUAUUCCUU